CUAAUUUACUUUCCAUUUUUGUUGUGGAUGGUCGCGGAUUUUGUAUCAGGUGACCGUUAGCCCCCUUCAACGUCUUUAUUCUCUUCUCCGCCCUAAAAAUGCCUAUUCCCACACUUCAACUUCACAGUCACGGUGAUGAGAAUUUGAAUUCAUUGGUAGCUUGCUAUCGUCUAUAAGAAGCAUUGCCAUUCAUUCUGUAUCAGUAUUUCUCUCUCUUUUCUCCGAUUUGGGUUUUGGAUGCUCUGAGUUGUGACAUUGCCUUUUAUCUGUGAAUGAUUUUCUUUUAGUGGUUUGCAUAAUUACAAUCAUAAUCACAAUGGAGAAUGAGUUUGUAACUCCUGCAAAGCAGUCGGCAACAGCAGUCCACUCUUGCUAUGCCCCUGUUGCCUCUGAUGGGAAAACCCCAUCAGCAGAUGUAACCAAAACCCCUUGUGCAUUGACGGAGCAGCAGAGCAAUAUAAUGAAACCCGACAAAGAAGAAGGCCAAGAAGAAGAAGAACAAGGCAAAACAGGAAGACACCCGGAGCGCGUAAUAGUUCCUCUUCAUCAACAGAAGAAGCUAUGGAGCAUGGAUGGAAGGUACAUGAGCCCUACAGAUCGCAUAAUGUCUCCUGUCACCCAAGUCCUACUUGCAAGGAACAAAAAGUUUCCUCUUCCGCCUUCAAAGGUUCUAGAUGGUACUUGUAACGAUUCCGAACCUUCUGCUCUAUGAGUCAUGUUGUCAGAAAGCUUUAUGGAUCGAUUCGACUCAUCAAAAAUAUUCCCGGACACUGAUGGAGUUUCCAGAAUUUUCUUGUUUUUAAAAAAGUUUUCAUUAUUAGGUUAUAGUUUUUAACUUUCAGGAAUCGCACUUGAAACAGUAUCCCUUUGAUGUGUGCUGGAAGUUGAAGGAUAAAUUUGUACAGCUCUUGUUUGCUAGUUGUAUAUACUAAUCGUGAGAUAAAUGAUGGUUUAUCGUUCUCAUAUCUUGUUUGAGUUUCGCGUUUCUCUUUUAAAUCAAGGUAGUAAAAAGAGGAUUGAAUUCUUUUGCUUA